AUGAGGAGAGCGCCGAGGUCGGUCCGGCCGAGGCCGGAAGAUUGCCGAGGAGCCGCGACCGCAGCAGCGGACAGCUCUGGCCUCGGCGUCGUCGCCGGCCCGGCCGCGUCUUUCCUGCGGCGCGCGCUCGCUUCCUGCGACAGCGCCCAGCGCCCACCGCCGUCGCCUUCCGCUUCCCGGGGCAGUCACUCGCGCGCGUCGCCUCACACGCUCAACCUGGCUGGCGCUGCACCGGCGCCCGCGCUUCACCUCACCAUCACCUCAGCUCUGCACACCUCCACCGUCGGCGACGCCAUGCCGUCCUCUGCCUUGCCGCUGCUCUUGCUGCUCCACAUACUGACGGUCGCCGUCUCGCCGUCCGGACACUUGCACAGAAAGGACUCUCAUCGGAGCAAGGAGCGGCUGCAGCAGCUGUCGCUUCGCCUGCACCGGUCGGCGUCGGCCGUGGAGCUGGCGUCGGUGCUGGCCGCGCACGACCCGGCCGCCUUCUGCGACAAGGACAUGUUGCGCUGGUUCCGCAGGCAAGCGCACGCCGCCAGGUCGCCGGAAGCCAUGGCUUCCUUCGAGGAUCUUAAGCAAAAGUGCAGACGCAUCAAAGUCAGACGACACCCCAGAAGGCUGUUAGGUCCGAAGAGAGGAGCAUCUUCUAAAGUGUCGCCGGAACAGCUGGUGUCGCUGCACCGGCGCCUGACGGGCCUGCGCUGCCAGCCGCGGCGCGCCAUGGUGACGCUGAACGUGACGCAGCACGACGCCAUCACGUUCCCCAGCUGCGUGGCCGUCAGGCGCUGCGCCGGCUGCGACUGCCCGGGAGACGGCGAGCACUGCGCGCCCACCAAGACCGCCACCGUCAAGCGCAAGGUGCUGUCUGUAACCAGCCGGUUGCUAGCCAAUGGGACAUUGAAGGAGAGCGUUCACGUCAAGGUUAUCCCGGUGGAGAGCCACGUAGAGUGCGGUUGUGUCUGCAAGGUGCAGCCAGAGGACUGCAGCCCGUGGCAGUGGUACGACGAGAACUCGUGCAGCUGCCAGUGCCGGCACGCCGCGGCGCAGGCGCACUGCAGGGGGGUGCGGCGCUGGAACCACAGGCGCUGCCUCUGCGAGUGCCGCUCGCCGCCUUUCUGCAGCACCGGCUUCCACGUCGACCCCCUCUCCUGCCGGUGCGUGCCAGAUCCUGACAACAACGUGGUCUGACGAAAAAGACAACUUACAACAACACUGAUUCUCUCGACCGACGCCAAAGGCAUGGAGAUGGUACAACGGCUGCAGCGUACUCACUCUGACAAUUAACUAAACUUCGGAGGAUACAGAGGAAGCUCCCUGUGGCUAAAGUAAAUGCAAGAUUAAACCGACAUGGUAUUCUGAUAACUUGAGAGCCUGACAACAAUACUUUCUCCUCGACGAAUAAUGUUUGAACUUCUCACAGUGGUCCAUCGCUGAGAAAGACAGCGAAAAGGAAGCUAAUGUUAUACGUCUGCACAAAUCGCGGAUCUGAUAUUGCCAUUUCUUCGAUGUGUAAAAACAAUCUUGGAACGUGGUUUAAAAAUUUUAUCAUUGACUUUCCUUGAAAUGAAUGCCAUCCAUCAACUGUACAAUAUUUUUGUAAUACAUUCAUAUAAUAUAA